CCCCGCCCGGAGCGUCGCGGUUGAGGCGGGGCGGGGGGGGCAGAGACCCCCGGGACCCUCAGGACCCCCCGGGAGCCCCCGGAAAUUUCCUCCUUUUGGACAUUCCCAUAAAUAAAAAAAAAUCCAAAUUUUCCUGCUCCAAAUCCUCUGGAAUUGCAGAAAUGUCCAGGAAGCAACACAAAGACCCCUCGGGGUUCGUGUUCGACGCUCGCUCCGGGGCCGUGCGGGCGCAGGGCGGCUGCAGCGAGAGCAUCAGGGACAAGGUCCAGGCCGUCCGUGCCGUGGUUCCCAACCGCAGCAACACCGAGAUCGUGCUGGUGCUGCAGCACUUCGACAACGCCGUGGACAGGACGGUGCAGGCAUUCAUGGAGGGCAAUGCCAGCGAGGUGCUCAAGGAAUGGACGGUGACUGGGAAAAAAAAACCCAAGAAGAAGAAAUCCAAGCCCCGCCCCCAGCCCGGGCCUGGCCCCGCCCCCUCCGCCCCCGAGCCCUGGCCAGGCCCCGCCCUCAACGGUUUCCAUGGCAACGGGGCCGACACCAUGGAGACGCUGAGCGACGGCGGGGACAGCGCUCUGGGGAAUGGAAUUCCAAAUUUUCCCCAAAAAUCCCAAAUCCCAAAUCCCAACCGGAGCAGCCCCGGAUCCCCAGGGGGGAAAAAAUCGGGGUGCAGCCUGGAGAAGUCCCUGAAGGACCUGCAGCGCUGCUCCGUGGCCCUGGCGCGGUUCCGGGCCCUGCUCAGGGACGAGGUGGAAAAUUCCCUGAGGAGAGCAAGGGCAGCCUUUGGGGAGAUCCAGAGCUGCCUCAUGGAUCGCGAGGUGGCUCUGCUGGCUGAGAUGGACAAAGUCAAGGCUGAAGCAAUGGAACUCCUGUCCCUGAGGCAGCGCCGUGCCGAGGCGCUGCGCCUGCUGACCGAGGCGGCUCCGGGGAUGUCGGAGGAGCAGCUGCUGGAGCUGCGGGCGGACAUCAAGCACUUUGUGAGCGAGCGCAAGUUCGAUGAGGAGCUGGGCAGGGCCGGGCGCUUCGGCUGCGACCUGGAGGCGCUCAGGGGCAGCAUUGGCAACUUUGGACAUGGUGAGUGA